CCCAGAAAAUGCGGAGCGAUGCUCGAAAAUAACUUUCGAUGACGUAAUGUUGCCGCUCGUGCGCGCGCGACCUCUUAGAUCUCCGGUACGAUUUUGCACCGUUGUAUAAAGGGCCUGGACUUUUGAGGAGGAUCGAGCUUUUUUGCAGAGGGAGCAGAGCAUAAGAAAGUCGUGUUAGUAGAUCUGAAGCCGCUGAGCUUGCGUGCGCUCGGAGUGCGGGGGUAUUAUAGAGCAUCAGGUGGUGGUGGGGAUUUCCAAAUUGCGUACGUUGCCGGAGCGUGCACCGUAGGCGAUGGACGGGGAAGACACGAAAGUUCCUCUCGAGGCCGUGGAGCAGCAUGACGGCGUCCUCCCAGUGCCGCAGCAGGCUCCAGCAAAGCAGCCAGAAGCCAGCGAGACGAAAGAGAACGGUGAAGAAGAGAAGAAACUUCCCAAGCCAGGCCUUAGGGACCUCGUUCGCCUGUUUCGCUAUGCCACACCGCUGGACCGCCUACUCAUGGCCAUCGGGACCAUCACUGGCAUCCUCCACGGCAUCUCCCUCCCCGUCCUCAUGCUCCUGUUUGGCGAACUCAUCAACUUCUACAUCUACCAAGAGCAGACCUCGUCUGUGGCCAACUGCCUCGACAUAUCGGCUAGCUCUUGCAACGACAUUUUCUUCUCAAACACUAGUUUCAUUCUCCCGUGUGGAUUCAACUCCACCUUAUUCAAUGGAGCCACUCUCGAUCUGAGCGUGGAGGCAAUUUUCGGACGCAACGCUCAAUGCCUCACGGACGAAGACUUUACGAGCGAAGUCUCUCUUUACUGUAUAUACCUUACCUUCGUGGGUAUCGGAGUGUUUUUACUGGCGUAUAUCGAGAUAUCGUUCUUCCAAAUGGCCUGCGAGAGACAGGUCAAGAAAAUACGGCUCUAUUUCUAUCAGUCGGUCCUCAGACAGAACAUCGGGUGGUUUGAUAGCAACCCCAGCGGAGAACUUGCCAGCAGACUUAAUGACGACAUAGAGAAGAUCCACGACGGUAUAGGAGACAAGGCAGCUCUGUUCAUCCAGUGGAUCUCCACCUUUUUCGGUGGUUUCAUCAUUGGGUUCGUCCGGGACUGGAGACUGACUCUUCUCCUGGCAGGCUUCGCUCCUUUCCUCGUCGUCUGCGGCUCCAUCUUCUCUGUGAUCAUCACCAGGUUCUCUAGUGCGGAGCAGAAAGAGUAUGCUGGAGCAGGGGCUGUGGCAGAAGAGGUAAUGUCUUCCAUUAGGACCGUGGUCGCCUUUGGAGGAGAGUACAAGGAGGCAGCUCGUUAUGAUGGGAAGCUGAACGAGGCAAAGUUGCUGGGAGCCAAGAAGGGUUUCUCGGUCGGCGCUGCUCUCUUCCUCACCUUCUUCUUCAUCUUCCUCGUGGACUCCGCCGCCUUCUGGUUCGGAGGAUACCUCAUCUCUCGGGAGCUCUCCGUAGGAGGCGACGUCAUCACGGUGUUCUUUGCUGUGCUGAUUGGAGCGUUUGCCCUGGGCCAAGCCAUGCCAAACCUAGAGAACCUCACCUCCGCAGCUGGAGCCUCCAUUAUCAUCUUCCAGACCAUCGAUAGGGUUCCAGAGAUUGAUUCAUCCUCCAGUGAAGGAGAGACUCCGGCCACAUUUGACAGCACCGUCCAGUUCAACAAAGUCUCGUUCCAGUAUCCGUCCCGACCCGAUGUCCCAGUUCUGCAAGGAUUCUCACUGAAUGUGACGGCAGGUCAGACGGUGGCCCUGGUGGGGGCCAGCGGCUGUGGCAAGAGCACUGUCAUGCAGCUGAUUCAGAGGUUCUACGACGUAGACGCCCCUGAUGUUGGUGGAGAGGUCCUGAUCAGCGGUAAGAACGUAAAGGACCUGAACCUGCAGUGGCUACGGUCCAAUCUGGGCGUGGUCUCCCAGGAGCCGGUCCUCUUCGACACCACCAUCGCCGAGAACAUCCGCUACGGCCGCGUGGACGCUACACAACACGACAUCGAGAGCGCCAGCCGCAAGGCAAACGCUUACGACUUCAUCUCGGCACUUCCCAACCGUUUCAACACUCUGGUAGGUGAGAGAGGCACGCAGCUGUCCGGCGGGCAGAAACAGAGGAUCGCGAUCGCCCGUGCGCUGAUCCGAGACCCGAAACUCCUCCUCCUGGACGAAGCCACCUCUGCCCUGGACACAGAGAGUGAGAAGAUAGUUCAGGAGGCUCUGGACAAGGCCAGGGAGGGCCGGACCACCAUUGUGAUUGCCCACCGACUCUCAACCAUCAAGAACGCCGAUCUGAUAGUCGCGGUGGACGAGGGAAGCGUGGUGGAGGUCGGGACACACAGCCAACUGAUGGACAGCAAAGGUCUGUACUACGAGCUGGUGACAACCCAGUCGCUAGGCGUCGACGAGGCCGUAGUGGCCGGCGGACUUGGGCGAGCCAUAUCUCGUCGCUACCAGAAACGCUCAGAAUCGGGAGCCGAGGAUUUGUCCUUCCACAGACAGGCAUCGGUCCAUAGACAGCAGUCGGAGGAAGGCUUCCAGCACCAGCCAUCGUUCAAGAGACAGUUCACUCAGAAACAACUGAGCAAGCUGCAGGAGGAGUGGGACAAGGACACUCCCAAGGUCUCGAUUCUGAGGGUGAUGAAAUUGAAUGCCAGAGAGUGGUGGAUCAUCCUCAUCGGAGUGGUAGGUGCGGCUGUCAAUGGGUGCAUCUGGCCGGCCUUUGCCUUUCUCUUUGGAGAGAUCCUGGAGGUCUUCGCUCUGCCACCUGACGAGGUCCUUGACGAGAUACACGUGUGGGCGGGGCUCUUCAUCGUCCUUGGAGUUGUGUCUGGAACGGGCGUCUUCUUGAAGUGCGAAUUGCUGGUCCAGCAAUGCAAGCGUCUUGCCUACACCAUGUUUCACUAGUCAAUCUCAGCACCAUUGAUUGAGGCUUAAUUCAAGGGGCUGCGUGUUUUACGGUAUCGGGGGAGAACCUGACUGCCAGACUACGCUCCCUCUCCUUCCGGGCCAUGCUGCGGCAGGAGAUCGGUUGGCAUGACGACGAGAAGAAUUCCACAGGGGCUCUAACGACACGACUGGCCAAUGAUGCCAGCCAAGUUCAAGGGGCGACAGGAACGAGACUAGGGACACUGAUAGAAACGGCGUUUGGCCUGUCGUUUUCCCUAAUAAUAGCUCUGGUCUAUUCUUGGAUCCUCACAUUCGUCAUCCUGGGAGCCGUCCCUAUCCUAGUGAUAUCUGGAUUAGCAGAGGCCACCAUUCUUUCGGGUCACACUAAGAAGAACAAGGAAGCCAUCGAAUCCGCCGGAAAAAUUGCUGUUGACUCAGUCGACAACAUCCGCACGGUGGCAUCGCUCGGUUUGGAGAACACUCUCUUUAACCACUACGCGGGAGAGAUCACGAGACCCUACCGACGCGGUAUCAUCAAUUCCUCGGUGUACGGACUUACCUAUGCCUUCUCUCAGACCACCAUCUACUUCAUGUACGCCGCCAUCUUCCGUUUCGGCGCCUACCAAGUCACUCGCCCCGACGACGACAUAGCACACGAGUCUUUUGAGGACAUAUUUCGUGUUUUCACUGCUCUUAUCUUUGGAGCCAUCUCGGUGGGACAGGCCGGCGCCUUUGCCCCCAACUACACAAAGGCACGUUUGUCUUCCAACAGGAUAUUUCAACUUCUGGACAGAGUCCCGCUCAUUGAUGGCUACUCCGUCGACGGAGAUACUCCGGACGAUGCCACUGGAGCUGUCGAGACUGAAGAUCUUCAAUUCAAGUACCCGACUCGUCCCGAUGUCCUCGUCCUGAACAGCCUCAAACUCUCCAUCUCGCCUGGGAACACGCUUGCCCUGGUGGGUCCCAGCGGGUGCGGCAAGAGCACCAUCGUCUCGCUCCUGGAGAGGUUCUACGACCCCAGCAAGGGGACGAUGACGCUGGACGGCCGCGACCUUCGCGACCUCAACAUCCGCUGGCUGAGGUCCCAGAUUGGGAUCGUGUCCCAGGAGCCGGUCCUCUUCGACACCUCCGUCGCCGAGAACAUCCGCUACGGAGCCAACUUCAGGGAGGUGUCUGACGAUGAGGUGGUGGAGGCUGCCAAGGCCGCCAACAUCCACAACUUUGUAGAAUCCCUACCUGAGGGUUACAGCACAAAUGUGGGCAGCAAGGGAACGCAGAUGUCCGGCGGGCAGAAACAGAGGAUCGCGAUCGCCCGUGCGCUGAUCCGAGACCCGAAACUCCUCCUCCUGGACGAAGCCACCUCGGCCCUGGACACGGAGAGUGAGAAGAUAGUUCAGGAGGCUCUGGACAAGGCCAGGGAGGGCCGGACUUGCAUCGUCAUCGCCCACCGACUCUCAACCAUCUACAACGCCGAUCACAUCGCCGUGAUCAAUGAAGGAAAAGUCAUCGAAGAAGGAACGCACGUCGAGUUGCUCGGGAACAAGGGGAUGUAUUACAGACUCAACCGAUUCCAGAUGUUGGGGGGAGGGGCUGCGGAUGUUGGAAGCCCCGCCCACCAGUCUAUAUCACAUGACCCGGGACAGGAGCCGAUGUAGAUCACAUGACUACACCUCAUUAGAACUUGGACCUAUACCUCAUAUAUAACCUCCUUUAUUACUACCAUUCGUCCCACAGUAGUUAGUACUAUAGCAACGAACAUUGGUAUAUUAUUGUAGUGUUGAUGUUUAUUUCAUUCACCGCUGAUUUCCAUGUAUUCAAUUAGCUAUGUUAUUGUUGUAUAAUAACAUAUCAAGCAUUAGCAAUGAGCAUCAAGUGCUGUUUUUGUAUUAACAAUAAUGAUUUCAAGUUUCAGUGUGAACAAAACGAGGUUUGUGAGUUGAAAAAAUCCAAUAAUAAACUCAAAAUUUUGAAAGAAGAAACAAAAACUAUAUUAUAUGCACACUCCUCCCUCUAUGAACCAGUAUUAUUAACGAGAGGGAGGGCCCUUCAGUUAUAAUUUUACAUGCAGC